AUGCCUAGGACGGUUUGGGGGUGUUACACUCCCCACCCUCGACCAUUCAGCCUCAAGUGGCUUAAUGAUGAGACCGAGCUUAAAAUAGCCGAAGAAGCUGUUGUGUCUUUUAGUAUUGGUAAGUACCACGACCAGGUGAAGUGUGAUGUAGUCCUCAUGCAAGCCGGCCAUAUACUCUUAGGGAGGCCGUGGCAAUUUGAUAAGGAGACCAUCCAUCAUGGCCGGACCAACAUCUACAGCUUCAACCACAACAACAAGAAGCAUAGGUUAGCACCACUCAGUCCACAAGAGGUUCAUGACAUGCAAAAGGCAAUGGACCAGGCCAGCAAGGAAGGUUGUUUUGCAGGUUUUGAUGUCCAAGACGUACCAGCUGAGGUGCAAGUCCUUAUGGACAAGUACCAGGACGUCUUCCCUGUUGAGAUACCAGCCGGUUUACCUCCUAUUCGUGGCAUAGAACAUCAGAUAGAUCUUGUACCCGGGGCGCCCUUACCGAACCGAGCCGCAUAUAGAGUUAACCCGGAAGAAGCCAAGGAGUUGUGGUCACCCAAGCUGAGGUUCCCCAAGUUCACAAGGGUCCGACUACCAGGUCAGGUGCGAGGAACUUAA